AUGAAUAAAUCUAAGAGCCCUAAUUAAAGAGAUGUCCCAAAUGAUAAUAGCAAAGUUAGAAUAGCAGUUCGAGUCAGACCCACCUUAAAUAGUGAAAGUGAAGAAGACUUUGUAUAGUUGAUCGAUGAUAAUACAAUAAAAGUGACUAGAAUUGGGAAUACUCUCCGAAUGAAAUUCAGUGACAUACUUCCUAAAACAGCCAAUCAAUAAGAUGUUCAACGAUUAGUUUCUGAAUCUAUUAAAUCGUUCAUAUAAGGAAUAAACAACACUAUUUUUGCUUAUGGAUAAACAGGAGCUGGUAAAACUUAUACAAUAAUGGGUGGAUUACCUGAAAACGUAGCUAAUGUUUCUACUGAAAAGUUUCAUUAAGUUAUUAGAUGCAAUGAAAGAGGAAUUCUACCUAGAGCAGUGCAAUCAAUCAUGUCUCAAUUAUAAACUUAAAUAGAAGAAGAUUAAUGUCGACUUUACUUAUCAUUCUAUGAAAUUUACAAUGAAAAAAUUUUUGAUCUUUUUAAUCUAAAAUCUCAAGGAUUGGAUAUUCGUGAAAAUAAAAAUGGUGAUGUAAACAUUCCAGAUUUAUCAUAAAUACGAAUUAUGGAUAUAGAUACUGCUUAUGAAUAUUUGAUUCUUGGAUUAAGAAAUAGAGUUGUUGGAUGCAGUCAUGCCAAUUCAAAAAGUUCAAGAUCUCAUUGUUGUUUUUAAAUGACUCUUUAAUAAGUUUCAGUUAUAAAUGGAGAACCUGUAUUACAAGAGUCAUCCCUUAAAAUUGUUGAUUUGGCUGGAUCAGAAAAGUUUAAAAUUCCGACUGACUUGACACCUGAAGAAAAGGAACUCCACAUCUAAGAAUUGACGUCCAUCAAUGGGAGUCUAUCUUGUUUAGGACAUUGCAUAUCAGCACUGAUUGAUAGAAAUAGAACACAUAUUCCAUUUAGAAAUUCUAAAUUGACUAGAGUUCUAAGUGACUCUUUAAGUGGCAGUGGGAAGAUUUUAUUCAUUGUUUGUGUUUCACCUUCUAUAUCUUCCAGUGCUGAAACCUUCUCUACAUUGUAGUUCGCUAAUCGAGCCAAGAGAGCUGUAUUAGAUGGUAGAAAUAUCUAAUAACCAAAAACCAAUAAGCCUAAAGGUGUAUCCUUAGAAGAGUAUCAAGAAUUAAUGAAAUAAUAUCAAAAGGAGAAACAAAUGAGGGAAGAACUUGAAGGUAUUGUUCAAAAGAGGAAUCAAGGAGAAUUAUUAUAACAAAUAUCAAAAUUAAAAUAAUAAAAUUAAGACCUUUAAGAUCAACUUUAUUCAAUAUAACAACAACAAUAAUAAUAGUCUAUAAUUAUCCCUUAGUAAUAAUAAUAAUAGUAAUAAUAACAAUAUUCACCUUUGUUUUCAGAAAAUAAAAAAGCUUUAGCUAUUAAUUCAAAUGACAAAAAAGUUAGAUUUGCAGAUGAUUUCUUAACUGUUCAUAUUAAUAAUAUGGACAGAGAAGAAAGUUAAGUAUUUGAAAAUCUUGCUAUAUUUUAAGAAUUAAAAUAGUUAGAAAACAAGGAUAAAAAAAAAAUAAUUAACUUUGAGGAAAAAUUUAAAAGCUAUUUUGGGUAGUCUGAAUAUUAAACUAAUGAUUUAGCUUAAUUUAAUACAGGGAAAUAGUUCGAUUCAAUAAUAAGAAAAGUGAAUGAUAAAUAAAACAACAUUUCUAAUAUUGUUUAAGAUCUUAAAAAAGAAAUGUCCAAAGCUGUGAAUCAAUUAGAAUAGUUAUAAAAGGAAGACAGAGAACUGAAGAGUACUGACUCGUGUAAAGAAAAUUUCCUUUAAUACUGA